AUGUCCCCUAAAAAGGUUUAUAAAGUGGGGGUCCUGAUGGCAUCCCGGUUGGACUCGCCCUUCGACCUGGAGCGGUGUGGUCCAGCAGUGGACUUAGCUCUGGAUAAAGUCAAUGAGAAGUUCUUGGCUCAUCAUGGCGUGGAACUGCAGAAAGUACAGGGCAGCUACCCGUCCUGCUCUGGUGCCAUUGCGCCUGGUCUCGCAGCGGACAUGCACUUCAAGGAUGACGUCAUCGCGUUCGUGGGCCCCGCCUGCGCAUUCGCAUUGGAGCCCGUGGCCCGGCUAGCUGCCUACUGGAACACGCCCAUCAUUACUGGCAUGGGAGACCAGCCUCCUUCAGAAGGUGAGCUAGCAGCACCAGCAAGCGUGGUCAGCCGCAUGCACAGGCUGAGGAACCUUCGGAAAGGCAUCAAGCCUCAAACGCUAUUCAACGACAAGGGGAAGUACCCGACUUUGACACGCAUGUCAUACUGCCAGUGCCGACUUCCACACGUCUUUACAAGCGUGUUCGAACGGUUCGGCUGGGCACACGUCGCGCUCUUACUGGACAAGUCUGACCUGUUCUCUCUUACUGUCGGCAAAAGUUUGGAGUGGGGGCUUCGGAAAGAGGGAAUAUUGAAGGCUGUCAGGGAGUUGGACGGCAACGAGAGGGAAUCUUGCGAGGCCCUACUCAAGGAUGUCAGCAUGUACGCCCGAGUUGUAAUCCUGAGCGUCCGCGGACCCUUGGUCCGGGAGUUCCUGCUGGCGGCUCAUGCCCUGGGCAUGACCCGGGGAGACUGGGCGUUUCUCGACGUCGAGAUAUUCCAGGGAGGGUACUGGGGCGAGACAGGCUGGGCCGCCGGAGAUGACCGUGAUGCCGCCGCGCGCGCCGCCUACGAAGCCCUGCUUCGUGUCUCCCUGAAGUUACCCACGGGAGACCGCUUCGACGACUUCGCGGAUGCCGUCCGGGCCAGAGCCAGGCUGCAUUAUAAUUAUACCUUCUCGGACGGGGAAGAGGUAAACUUCUUCAUUGGCGCUUUCUACGACGGGGUAUAUCUGCUGGGUAUGGCGCUGAACGAGACCUUGACUGAAGGAGACGACAUCCGGGACGGAAGGACCAUCACCGCCAAGAUGUGGGACAGAGACUUCCAUGGUAUAACCGGCCAUGUCCGCAUCGACGCCGUUGGUGACCGAGAUGCAGACUAUGCCAUCUUAGACUUGGACCCAGUCACUGGAAAAUUUGAGGUAGUGGCGUUCUAUCACGGCCUGAACAGCAGCUACAAGCCAGUUGCUGGCAAGGCCAUCCACUGGCCUGGCGGGAAACGGGGCCCGCCCCCCGACACGCCGCGUUGUGGGUUUUUAGGCACCGACCCCAUGUGCCAAGGAGAGGCCCAAACCGUAAUAAUUUAUUGUUUUAUUGGUCUGGCGAUAUUUCUUACGUUCGCCGUGACAGCUGCCUGCGUCGCUUACAAACAAGCACGAAUCGACGCCGAGCUAAACAACAUGGCGUGGCGGGUGCGCCCCGAGGAGGUGCUGGUGGAGGUGGGCACAGGACUCGGAGCCAGCCCAGCUCUGCACAACAUUAACGAGGCAGUCAAGUUAUCCCUCGGUUGGAGUGGACGAGGUAGCAACGCGACUUCAGUGGGGACCAGCGCCUCCAUCACGCUGACUUCCUUCACCGUGGGCCUGUUCAAGGGAAACCGGGUGGCGGUGAAGAAGAUCCACAGGAAGAAACUGGACCUUAACAAGAAGCUGCUUUGGGAGAUUAAACAGGCCCGCAACGUGUCCCACGAGAACACUGCCCGGUUCAUUGGCGCUUGCGUGGACUGUCCCCUGGUGUUCAUCCUCACGGAGUACUGUCCCAAGGGAUCCCUGAAGGACGUCCUGGCGAACGAUGAGCUGCAGCUGGACUGGAACUUCAGGACUUCGCUGGUUCAUGACAUAGUACAGGGCAUGUGUUAUCUCCAUGGCGGGCUCGGUGCGCACGGCAAGCUCCGAUCUUCUAACUGCCUCAUCGAUGGACGAUUCGUACUCAAGAUUUCCGACUACGGCCUCAACACCCUGUGUACACCCACUGACUUGAUAAAGGACGACACUUAUUAUUACAAGCUACUAUGGACAGCCCCGGAGCUGGUGGCUGCCAGCAUAUACCCUGGAGCGGCUGCCUCGCUGAAGGGAGACGUGUACAGCUUCGGCAUUAUUCUGGAGGAGAUAGUCCUGAGGGCUGGGCCCUUCCAUCAUUGCACGGCCAAUAUGAGUAAUAAAGAAAUAGUGUCCCGCGUCUGUGCGCGAGAGUCACCCCCCUUUCGGCCCGUGGUGUGCACCAGUGAGGUGACAGCGGGGGGAGGGGGCGCGGGGGCGGCAGCGGAGCUACUGGAGCUAGCUGCCAAGUGCUGGAACGAGAUCCCUGAUGAGAGACCAAGCUUCGACACCAUCAAUGCUAAUUACAUUAAGGGUUACUGUGACAACCUGAUGGAUGAUCUUCUUCGUCGCAUGGAGCAGUAUGCCAACAACCUCGAAUCCUUGGUGGAGGAGAAGACGGAACAGCUCUCGCUGGAGAAGAGGAGGUCGGAGGAACUGCUGUACCAGGUUCUACCAAGGCCAGUUGCCCAGCAACUGAUGGCAGGCGAGAUGGUCCAGCCCGAAGGAUUUGAAUGCGUGACGGUGUACUUCAGUGACAUCGUGGGCUUCACUGAGCUGUGCGCCGCCUCCACGCCCAUCCAGGUGGUUGACCUGCUCAACGAUCUGUACAGCACCUUCGACAGGAUUAUAGGGUUUUAUGAUGUUUAUAAGGUAGAAACGAUAGGCGACGCCUACAUGGUGGUGUCAGGUCUGCCGGAGCGUAACGGCGAUCUGCACGCGCGGGAGAUCUGUCUGAUGGCGCUGGCGGUGGUGGAGGCCGUCAGGGGCUUCGUGGUCAAGCACCGCCCCACGCACAGGCUCGAGGUACGGGUUGGCGUACAUUCGGGCCCAGUCUGCGCAGGAGUGGUGGGAGUCAAGAUGCCGCAUUAUUGUCUAUUUGGGGACACUGUCAACACCGCCAGCAGGAUGGAAUCUACCGGACAACCUCUACGGAUCCACUUGAGCGAAAGCACGCGAGUAUUACUCCAACAAUGGGGGACGUUCGUCGUGGAGAGGCGAGGUGAAGUGGAGCUGAAAGGCAGGGGCCGUAUGCUCACCCACUGGCUGCUGCAAUGCUCGGAGCCCGAGUCCAGGGCGGUCGCGCAGAGUCCCCAGCCGCCACCGCAAUACCCCAUAUUGUUCCCAACAUUGCCUCAGCCGGUUUUGCAAGUGCCGUAUCUAGUGGUUGACCCACCGACGUUGGCCGCUUGA